AAUGACCUCAAAUAUUAACAUCUUAUUUGAUAAACCGAAGCUUACUUUAACAGCUUUGGAUACUGUAGAAUAAUACGAUUUUGACAUUAUUGUAGAUAAAGUAUCAGAGUAGCUCAAAUAUGUGUCUUAAAGAUUAAUUGAAGGUUAAUAAGAAUCAGAUCUUCCAUAUGAUAAAGAAAAUAUUAUUUUGCCUAGAUAACAAACAUAUAUUUAGAAAGUAAAGGAUAGUAAAUUUGCUAAAAAGAAGAAAAAGUAUAUUGUCCAUAAUUUAAAUUUUAUAGUCGAAUGGUUUGGGAUGAAAAUAAAAAGGAUUGGGCUUUGAGGAAAUUGAAAAAAAGAGAUUCAGUAAUACCACCUAUCAUAGAAGCUACAAAGCAAGAUGCUUAUGAAGUAAAAAACUAAAUUAAUAGUAGGACGUCUUUAGAAAAAAGGAAAUGGAACAUGAACUUAAGAAAUCAAAGAAAUAAUUAAGAUUAGUGCAAAGAGAUAAAAAGAAAUAGAAGAAAAUAUAAACCGUUAAGAAAUAACUCUGAUU